UGUGAAAAGGAAUUUAAAGUCCUUUUAUUCGCAUCAUCAUUUCUUCCUCUCUUGCUAUCUCUUGUCUCUGUCUAUUAAUCGCAGUAUCCAUUCUCUUUCCUAUUCAUGGCUUCUUCUUCUUCUUCUUCUUCUUCUUCUUCUUGUCAUUUGAUGUAUCAAGUUUUCUUGAGCUUCAGAGGUGAAGACAAGCGCCUUAACUUCACCAGCCAUCUCCUCAAAACUCUGAAAGACACUGGCAUGAACGUCUUCUUCGAUGAAGAUAAGCUGGAGAAAGGGGAGCAGCUUUCACAGGCACUGUCCCAAGCAAUAGCAUCCUCAAAUCUCUCAAUAGUCGUCUUGUCUGUCGACUAUGCUUCUUCCAAAUCAUGCUUAGCCGAACUCUGUGACAUCAUGGGUCGCAAGGGAACUCAACAACAUACUGUUCUUCCCAUCUUUUACCAUGUUGAUCCUUCUCAUGUCCGAAACAUUGGUGGAAGUUUUAAGGCAUCCUUUGAAGAGCAUGAAUCGAAUAGGCCACUUGAUGAAGUGAAUCGAUGGAGAGAUGCCUUCGUUGAAAUCGGCAAAUUAAAAGGGUGGCAUAUACAAGGCGGCAAACUCGAUAGAUCUGAGGCUGAAUACAUCGAAGAUGUCGUUGAGUAUGCCAUAAAAGAAUUGAAUAGUAAGUCUAAAAGUGUUACUACAGAAUUAGUUGGAAUAGAUGAUCAGAAAAAAAAGAUCUUGCAGCUAAUCGAGGAAGAAGAUAGUCGAAUAAUAGGACUUUGGGGAAUGAGUGGUAUUGGCAAGACUACCCUUGCUGAAGGUGUCUAUAAUGAAAUCUCUCCAAAGUUUCAAUGUCGUUGCUUCCUUCAAGAUGUUAGAGAGAAAAUAAAAAAACAGGGGAAGGAAUCUUUACGAAAUGAACUUCUUUCCGAACUAUUGAACUCGAAAACAUGUGUAGACACCCCCUCCAUAAGAUCCGUCUUAACCCAACAGAGGCUCAAUAAUAUAAAAGUAAUCGUCGUCCUUGAUGAUGUUGGUGACUCAGAGCAGAUAGAUCUUAUGGGUGUAAAACAUUUUGGUGAUGGAAGUAAAAUUAUCAUAACAUCCAGAAAUAGGCAAGUACUUACGAAUGGAGGAGCUAACAAAAUACAUAAGGUGAUUAAGUUAAACGAGGAUGACUCUCUUCAACUCUUUUCUACAUUUGCAUUUAAGUCGUUGAAUCCUGCUCCUGAUUUUCGAGAUCUAUCGAAUAAUUUUUUGCGGUACGCCCAAGGCAGUCCACUUGCUCUUAAAGUUUUGGGUUCUAAACUUCAUAAAAAGUCUAGAAAAGAGUGGGAAAGUGAGGUGGACAAGCUCAAGGAAUAUGCAAAAACAAAGAUUUCACAGAUUUUGAUGAGUAGUUUUGACGAGUUGGAUGAACAAGAGAAGAAUAUAUUUCUUGAUAUAGCAUGCCUCUUGAAAGGGGAAUCCAAGAAAGAAGUAGAAGAAAUUCUAAGUUGCUUAUAUGAGGGUGCAAUGUGUGGAAUAAGCGAUUUGCUUGAUAAGUGUCUAAUUGAAGUGGAUUCCAAUGGGGUGAUUUGUAUGCAUGAUAUGCUUGAAGAGAUGGGAAAAUACAUUGUUCGCCGAGAAUCUAAAGAUCCUGGAGAGCGCAGUAGGUUAUGGAGUCUUAAAGACAUGAUCCAAGUGCUCAAAUAUAAUAAAGUGAAUAAAUCAAUUGAAGGAAUAAAGCUUUUCGUGAGUCGACUUGAAGACCAGCUGUUACUAUAUUCUAGUUUUGAGAAGAUGCAUAAUCUUAGAUAUAUCAUCCUUUAUACAUGUUCGUUCUCUGUUACCAGUGUAUCUUUUUCUGAUGAGCUAAGGUAUCUUCAUUGGGACUUUUGUCCCUUGAAAUGCUUAUCAUCAAAUUUUAACCCAAAGAAUCUUGUUGUGUUGAAACUAAGAGAGAGCUUCAUAGAACAACUUUGGAAGGAAGAUCAUCAGGAUCUUGUUAAUUUAAAGUCAAUUGACCUUUCUGGUUGCAAGAGUCUGAGGAAGAUCCCUAAUCUAUCAGGAGCCAUCAACCUUCAAAGCCUUUGCUGCAAUGGGUGCGCAAAUUUGGUUGAACUACUUUCCCUUGACCAGUUGGUAUCUCUUGAAAGCCUUGACCUUGCUGGUUGCAAGAGUCUGGGGAAGAUCCCUAAUCUAUCAGGAGCCACCAAGCUUCAAAGCCUUUGCUGCAAUGGGUGUGCAAAUUUGGUUGAACUACUUUCCCUCGACCAGUUGGUAUCUCUCGAAUGCCUUGACCUUUCUGGUUACAAGAGUCUGGUGAAGAUCCCUAAUCUAUCAAGAGCCAUCAACCUUCAAAGCCUUUGCUGCAAUGGGUGUGCAAAUUUGGUUGAACUACUUUCCCUCGACCAAUUUGUAUCUAUUGAAUGCCUUGACCUUUCUGGUUGCAAGAGUCUGGUGAAGAUCCCUAAUUUAUCAGGAGCCAUCAAGCUUCAAAGCCUUUGCUGCAAUGGGUGUGAAAGUUUGGUUGAACUACCUUCCCUCAACCAGUUUGUAUCUCUUGAAAUCCUUGACCUUUCGGGUUGCAAGAGUUUGGGGAAGAUCCCUAAUCUAUCAGGAGCCAUCAAGCUUCAAAGCCUUUGCUGCAAUGGGUGUGCAAAUUUGGUUGAACUACUUUCCCUCAACCAGUUGGUAGCUCUUGAAAGCAUUGACCUUGCUGGUUGCAAGAGUCUGGGGAAGAUCCCUAAUCUAUCAGGAGCCAUCAACCUUCAAAGCCUUUGCUGCAAUGGGUGCGCAAAUUUGGUUGAACUACUUUCCCUCGACCAGUUGGUAUCUCUUGAAAGACUUGACCUUUCUGGUUGCAAGAGUCUGAGGAAGAUCCCUAAUCUAUCAGGAGCCAUUAAGCUUCAAAGCCUUUGCUGCAAUGAGUGUGCAAAUUUGAUUGAACUACUUUCCCUCAACCAGUUGGUAUCUCUCGAAAGCCUUGACCUUUCUGGUUGCAAGAGUCUGGGGAAGAUCCCUAAUCUAUCAGGAGCCAUCAAGCUUCAAAGCCUUUGCUGCAAUGGGUGUGAAAGUUUGGUUGAAUUACCUUCCCUCGACCAGUUGGUAUCUCUUGAAAGCCUUGACCUUUCUGGUUGCAAGAGUCUGGGGAAGAUUCCUAAUCUAUCAGGAGCUAUCAAGCUACAAAGCCUUUGCUGCAAUGGGUGUGCAAAUUUGGUUGAACUACUUUCCUUCAACCAGUUGGUAUCUCUUAAAAGCGUUGACCUUGCUGGUUGUAAGAGUCUGGGGAAGAUCCCUAAUCUAUCAGGAGCCACCAAGCUUCAAAGCCUUUGCUGCAAUGGGUGUGCAAAUUUGGUUGAACUACCUUCCCUCAACCAGUUGGUAUCUCUCGAGUGCCUUGACUUUUCUGGUUGCAAGAGUCUGAGGAAGAUCCCUAAUCUAUCAGGAGCCAUCAAGCUUCAAAGCCUUUACUGCAAUGGGUGUGAAAGUUUGGUUGAACUACCUUCCCUCGAUCAGUUGGUAUCUCUUGAAAGCCUUGACCUUUCGGGUUGCAAGAGUUUGGGGAAGAUCCCUAAUCUAUCAGGAGCCAUCAAGCUUCAAAGCCUUUGUUGCAAUGGGUGUGCAAAUUUGGUUGAACUACUUUCCCUCGACCAGUUGGUAUCUCUUGAAAGCCUUGACCUUUCUGGUUGCAAGAGUCUGGUGAAGAUCCCUAAUCUAUCGGGAGUCAUCAAGCUUCAAAGCCUUUGCUGCAAUGGGUGUGAAAGUUUGGUUGAACUACCCUCCCUCAACCAAUUGGUAUCUCUUGAAAGCCUUGACCUUUCUGGUUGCAAGAGUUUGGGGAAGAUUUCUAAUCUAUCAGGAGCCAUCAAGCUUCAAAGCCUUUGCUGCAAUGGGUGUGCAAAUUUGGUUGAACUACUUUCCCUCAACCAGUUGGAAUCUCUUGAAAGCCUUGACCUUUCUGGUUGCAAGAGUCUGAUGAAGAUCCCUAAUCUAUCAGGAGCCAUCAAGCUUCAAAGCAUUUGGUGCAAUGGGUGUGAAAGUUUGGUUGAACUAUCUUUCCUCAACCAGUUGGUAUCUCUUGAAAGCCUUGACCUUUCUGGUUGCAAGAGUCUGGGGAAGAUCCUUAAUCUAUCAGGAGCCAUCAAACUUCAAAGCCUUUGCUGCAAUGGUUGUGAAAAUUUGGUUGAACUAUUUUCCCUCAACCAGUUGGUAUAUCUUGAAAGCCUUGACCUUUCUGGUUGCAAGAGUUUGGUGAAGAUCCCUAAUCUAUCAGGAGCCAUCAAGCUGCAAUGGGUGUGAAAUUUUGGUUGAACUACCUUCCCUCAACCAGUUGGUAUCUCUUGAAAGCCUUGACCUUUCUGGUUGCAAGAGUCUGGGGAAAAUCCCUAAUCUAUCAGGAGCCAUUAACCUUUAAUCACUUAAGUGAUAUUACUGUAUAAGUUUGGUUGAACUACCUUGGCUCAACCAUUUGGCAUAUCUUAAAGAGCUUAGGCUAGAGGAAUGUCAUAAU